CUACAUCACCCAACAAUGGAUGGGGACAGGACCAAAAUGAGGUUGAAACGCGGAAGUGUUCUUUGUCACAUGAUUCCAUCACAUGAACGAACCGGGGCGGGCCUACGAUUGGGUCAGGCCUCUGUAGAGAUGGCUACAAAAUCAUUUGUGCUUGGGAUUUCCAUAAUUUGCCAAUUUCUCGUCAUUGAGGCAGAGCCUAUUCACGACGACACCUCGCUACUAAUUUCGGUUAAUCCUCAAAGACAACAGCUGGUCGACAGCCUUGGGAGAGAAAGGUUUUUCCAUGGCACAAAUGUAGUGUACAAGCACUUUCCUUUCCACCCUACUUUGGAGGGAUACACAAACGACUCUUUUUCAGAGGUUGAUAUGCAAAUUAUGCAAGAUCUUGGACUUAAUGUCAUCCGUCUAGGCAUGAUGUUGCCAGGAUAUGUGCCAAAACGAGGCCAGUAUAACGAGACUUAUAUGGAGGUAAUAAAAACCAUUGUUUCAAAGGCUGCCAAAUAUGGGAUCUACACGCUGCUUGACAUGCAUCAGGAUGUUAUGUCCCCAAAAUUCUGCGUCGAAGGCUUCCCGGACUGGGCGGUUAACACAGGCAAUGCUGACAAUUUCCCCUUCCCAAUGGAAGACAAAUACCCCCUGGAUCCAAGCACUGGCUAUCCAUACCAGAAGGAUUGUGAUAAACACGAAUGGGGGGAUUACUACUUCAGCGAAGCAGCUGCAGCAGCUUUUCAAAACUUGUACAACAACACAGACGGUCUGCUUGAUGCAUGGGCUGAUUUUUGGAGAAAGACAGCACAGGGAUUCAAGGAUGAAAACAGCGUCAUUGGUUAUGAAUUUAUCAACGAGCCAUUUUCAGGAGACAUUUACAGGGAUCCCACUCUAAUGGCGCCUGGAAUAGCGGAUGAAAAGAACCUCGCUCCCGCAUACGAGGUCCUACAAAAGGCAAUCAGAGAAGUGGAUUCGAGGCACAGUUUGUUCUUUGAAGGCGCAACUUGGGAUUUUUUCGCCGUUGGGUUCAAGCAAGUACCAGGGGGAGAAGAAUACAAGAAUAGGAGCGUUUUGAGCUACCAUUACUAUGAACCCCCUGACUUCAAUAAAAGAUUUCAGUUCGAAAUUCGAAAAGAAGAUCUGCAGCGCCUACAAUGCGGUGGGGUUUUGACUGAAUUUUGGACGGCAGGAAGCUCAAACAAAGCAUUUGAAGAUAUGUACGAGAUAAUGGAUCUCACUGACUUACACAUGCAGUCUUGGAUGGGCUGGUUGUACAAGGCGUACGGCUGCGAUAAGAAUCACCUUGGCUGUCUCAUUUCUCCUCGUGGUGAUAAGAAUGCAACUGUACACGAAUACUGGCUACACAACACGAGUCGCACAUUUCCACAGGCUGUUGCUGGAAAUACCAUUUCGUUCAAGUACGAUCGCAAUAGUCACAGAUUCAACUUGGCCUACUCUGUGUCAACAGACUGCAAAAGUACACAGAGUAUUGUGUACAUCAAUGAAAAACUCCACUAUCCCCAGGGAUAUAUGGUGGAAAUCUCGCCCUCCCAAAGUGUAACUUGGCAGCAGGUUGGGAAUAAAAUAAUUAUCAGUCAUGCAAAGAACCUUCCUCCCGGGACUAAAGUUGAAUUUACAAUAUCUCCAAAGUGAACAAUCUCUCGCGGCAGCUUGUGAUUGAAGACAAGAAAAUCGAAAGUUUUAUUUUAUCGCUUAUAACAAGACAAUUUUUGUGUUAAAAAUUUGCUACUUCGGUAAUGAAAUUCUAAAUUAGAAUUGGUCGAUUUUUAAUACAUUUUCCCUUCGAA